AUGAUCCGCUCCGUUGAAUCCACUCCGGGCGCUUCCUCUGCGAAAACUCAGAUAGCAGUCCAAUUCUUCGAAAAGAAGCAAAAGCGAAAAGCAUGGUUCAGCACUAAAGAUGAGGAAGUAUGCUGGGAACAGUGGUUGCUGGACAUCACCUUACUAUACCCCAGAACCGAGUCUCAACGCACCGAAGCUCGAAAGGACAUGGAAUCCGCCCUCCAACUCGCCAUCCUAAAAAUCAUCGAUAUAGUAAACAAUAAUAAAGACCAUAUCCCUCCGAUAACAACCAGCGAUUAUAAUCCGUUUCCUUACAAGAUUUUUGUCCCCCAGAAAGGAGAUAACUGGGGUGGCAGAUUCUUUUCGACAUAG